CUCACCCACUGGCUGCACGCCAGGCCCCAUGGCUACAGGAGGUCAUGCCCCAGAGAUAGAUGUGUUGAUCAACCUACAACAGGUGAAGGUGGAGGAGGACUAUGAGGAAGGAUCAGCGGAGGAACUGGAAGGAGAAGAAGAGGAGGAAAACUGGGAGAAAGCACUGUCUGUGGAGCGCUUUGGAGACAUUAUCAGUGAUUCUGCUUCCAGCAGCGGAGACAGGAUGGGCCGGCACUACACUGAGAAAGACUUUGAAUAUCACAGACACACUUUUCACCAUACGCACCACCCCUUAUCCACCCACCUGCCCCUGCCCCAGCGUCUACGGAAGAGGGUGCACAGCACUGACAGAAGGCGCAAAAAGAAACGGAAGAAAAAAAAGACCUCUCUUCCCCCUUCAGACGUUACACCCACCAUCCACGAGGUAGACGAGGAAGAGGCCGGGUCUGAGACUGACGGACAGGGAGUGGCUGCCACGCCCACGGAGCUACCAGAUACCCAACCACAGUUUAGUUUGGGGAGCCAAGAGGACUUGGAGGAACCCCUUUCGCUCACUGCCUACCACACGGAAAACGAAGAGCAUCCAUUGUCGAGGGAAGCGUCGCACAUUCUGAUAAAGGAGGAGGCUCAUAAUGGGGGAAUUUCAGUUCUUGGAGAGAAUGAGGAUGUGCAUGGAGAGGAAACGACUAGCCACAGUGUUCCCCCAGGAUCAGAUCCCUCAAGCUCAACUGCGACUCGCGGCUGGUUCCGUAGGAAGCCCGUCCAUCAUCGUCUGGCAGGUGCCCAGCGGAGCAACUAUGACCUGCGGGAGCGGAUCUGCAUCGGCAGCAUGACGGCUCUGGAGACGGCCGUCUACCAGCAGGUUCCCACUGAUGAGGCAGAGGCCCAGAUGUUGGCCAGCGCCGACCUGGAUGACAUGAAAAGUCACAGAUUUGAGGACAACCCUGGGGUGAGACGCCACCUGGUGAAGAAGUCAUCACGAUGUCUGGUGAACCGAGCCAGCAACAGUUCCACACCACUAAGCAGCCUGAAGAAGAAGAGGAGAGCAGGAGAUAAGAAAACCCAUGAGCUGUUUGUGGAGCUGAACGAGCUGAUUGUCGAUAAGGACCAUGAAAUGCGUUGGAAAGAGCGGGCCCGCUGGAUCAAGUUUGAGGAGGAUGUGGAGGAGGAGACGGACCGCUGGGGCAAACCCCAUGUGGCUUCACUCUCCUUCCGCAGCUUGCUGGAGCUUCGCCGCACCAUCACACACGGCGCCAUCCUUCUGGACCUAGAGCAGAACUCUCUGCCCGGCAUCGCCCAUCUGGUGGUGGAGACGAUGAUCAUCUCUGACCAGAUCAGAGCUGAGGACAGACCCAGUGUUCUCCGGGCUCUGCUCCUCAAACACAGCCACCCAAGUGAUCUGAAACAACGUUUUCACCGCCACCAAUCAACCAGCAGUCUUCAUGGCAGUUUCAAUCACAACAACGUCCAGGACAGCAUUCUGCCACUGGUAGCAGAAGAGCAGGAGGAGCACCAGGAUAACAAAGGGCCGAUAUACGAUCCAAAACAAGAUGUGUUUAUCAGCCUGUUUAAAUCUCUCCACCCUCUGCCUCCUGAGAGCCAUCCAGCUGCAGCCAGAUCGAUGAAACUCCUCGCCAAAAUUCCCAAAGAUGCCGAAGCUGUCAUUGUUUUAGUUGGCUCUGUUGACUUUCUGGAGCAGCCAGCCAUGGCCUUUGUCAGGUUGAAUGAGGCAGUCCUUCUGGAGUCCGUGCUGGAGGUCCCCGUCCCUGUUCGCUUUAUUUUUGUCCUGCUCGGUCCCAGUCAGUCCAACGUGGACUAUCAUGAGAUUGGACGCUCCUUCUCCACUCUCAUGUCUGACAAGAGCUUCCAUGAGGUGGCCUAUUUUGCUGAUGACAGACAGGACCUACUGAAUGGUAUCAAUGAAUUCUUGGACUGCAGCAUUGUCAUUCCACCCUCAGAUGUGGAGGGCAAAGACCUCCUGAAGACAGUGGCUGACUUCCAGAAGCAGAUGCUGCGCAAGAGGAAGGAAAGAGAACUCAAGAGGCAUCAAUCCUCAUCUGGAAUAGAGCUUAACAACAAAGAGGUGAGUCCAGAGGAGGAGGAGGAGGGAGACCAGGAGGUGGACCCAUUAAAGCGCUCGGGGAUCCCUUUCGGAGGCCUGAUCCACGACAUCCGCCGCCGUUAUCCACAAUAUGUCAGCGACUUAAAAGAUGCCGUGGACAUGCAGUGUGUCGCUGCCGUCAUCUUCAUCUAUUUUGCUGCACUGUCGCCGACCAUUACAUUUGGAGGCCUGCUGGGAGAAAAAACAGAGGGCAUGAUGGGAGUGACUGAGCUCAUUGUGUCAACUGCAACUCUUGGAGUUAUAUUCUCGCUGCUUGGUGGUCAGCCUCUCCUCAUCAUAGGCUUCUCAGGACCCUUACUAGUGUUUGAAGAAGCCUACUACAAGUUCUGUCAGGCCCAUCACAUUGAAUACCUAACUGGGCGUGUGUGGAUUGGUUUCUGGCUCAUCUUCAUUGUCCUGGUGGUUGUGGCUGCAGAGGGCAGCUUCCUUGUUCGCUACAUCUCACCUUUCACCCAGGAGAUUUUUGCUUUCCUCAUCUCCCUUAUCUUCAUCUAUGAGACUUUCUCCAAGCUCUUCAAGGUGUUUAAGGAACAUCCACUGAUGGAAAUUUACCACAGUGAUUUAACCACAGCUACUGGCCAUCAAAAAGAUGAUGAACAUGUCUACAACCAGCCCAACACUGCACUUCUGUCUCUGGUCCUCAUGAUGGGCACUUUCUUUGUUGCUUUCUUCCUCAGGAAAUUCCGAAACAGUCGUUUCUUAGGUGGCAAGGCCAGGAGAAUCAUUGGUGACUUUGGCAUCCCCAUCUCAAUUUUAGUUUCAGUGUUGGUGGAUUACUCCAUUACUGACACUUACACACAGAAACUCAAUGUGCCGUCAGGCUUCUCAGUCACCUCGCCUGACAAGAGAGGCUGGCUCAUCAGUCCCUUUGGUGACAAGCAACCCUUUCCUACAUGGAUGAUGGGGGCAUCUAUUGGACCUGCCAUUCUUGUAUUCAUCCUCAUUUUUAUGGAAUCUCAGAUAACUUCGUUGAUAGUCAGUAAGAAAGAGCGUCGCCUGGUUAAAGGCUCUGGCUUCCACCUGGAUCUUCUGCUCAUCGUCACAAUGGGUGCCAUCUGUCCUCUUUUUGGCCUGCCGUGGCUCACAGCAGCCACUGUGCGCUCUGUAACUCAUGUCAAUGCCCUCACGGUCAUGAGCAAAGCUACAGCGCCCGGCGAAAAGCCCAUGAUCCAGGAGGUGAAAGAACAGAGGCUGACCGGGCUUCUUGUGGCUGUUCUUGUUGGCAUGUCCAUAGUGAUGACAGACGUGCUCCGCCUCAUCCCUCUGGCUGUGCUCUUUGGCAUCUUCCUGUACAUGGGGGUCACCUCUCUGACGGGCAUCCAACUGUAUGAACGCAUCACACUUAUGUGCACGCCCGCCAAGCAUCACCCUGACCACAUCUACGUCACCAAGGUGAAGACAUGGCGUAUGAACAUGUUCACCAUCAUCCAGCUGGCGUGCAUCGUGGCUCUGUGGGUAGUGAAGUCCACCGAGGCCUCCCUGGCGUUCCCCUUCGUCCUCAUCAUGACGGUGCCGCUGCGCCGUCUCAUACUCUCCAGGAUUUUCGAGGAACGUGAGCUCCAGGCGCUGGAUUGCGACGAGGAUUCUCCCAACUUCGAUGAAGAUGGACGAGACGAGUACAACGAGAUCCACAUGCUUGUAUAAAUUUAAAAUCGGACCCUGCCAGUAUGAAUUUCUCCAUCCUCCAGCUCUGACCAACCGGAGCAAGCCUCUCCGGAAACCUCAAUGUCUCUGCGUAGCGGUGACAAAGCGUGAGGAGCGACAUUAAUGGUGUUUGUAAAAUAUACAAAAACUAUAGCUGGAUGCUCCCUUCUUACCAUUAUUUAUUCUCAUUUGUAUAAAAGAGCACCCCUAAUGUUAGAUCUAUGUGGUGGUGGUGGUGGUGGUGGUGGUGUUGUGUUAGACUUUGAACCCGAAGCCUGAGCACCCUACCUGGAGUGGACAUUGCAACUCUCACAAAGAAAUGUAACUUACAUGAACACUUUAUCUACCCUUUUAUCCUGUCUAUCCCUUUAAUUACUCUGCAGGUUCUGGGCAUAAGUGCAAUGAUGAUGAUGGUAACCUCUAGGGCUACAGUGGGCUGGAUCAUUUUGACUUAUUUAUGUCCUGGAAGCGGGAAAAGGGGUCGAUUUGCUUUCAUUUCAUUAUCAUCCAGGAAGUGGAUUUUCAUAAAAAUUCAGAGUGAUGAACUGAAACUUAAUUUCAAAGCCCUGAAUUCCACUGCCUGUGUAGUUUAGCUGCCUUUUCCCUUUAUACCACUGCCAUUGCCUAUAGGUUGCAAUGAUGUGCAAACAAGGAGUUAAGUAGUCCUUUCCCUUUCUGUACAGACUUUUAGUAAUGAGCACUUUGACUGGGCAAAAGUUCACUCUUGGCGUUGCCAACUGAGCUCCCUGGCACAAAGCCUCCUCUCUAAAUGUAGUCUCCCCUUGAAGCCAAAGUCUCUACAGAGACUGUGCAAGCCUCUUUUAAGGGGUGUUUCUGUACUUUGUUAGGUGUUUAAUGCCCAACAUACCAGUCCACUGACCCCGUUAUUGUGACCUUGGAUGUAUAAGUAAAUAGCUAACAUGGUCUCAACCUUAUUUUUCUACUCUGUUGUAUCUAUUUAUUUUGUGACCUUUGGACUUAAUGCCUUGCCAGAUUUUCAUAGAUGUUUAUACUCCCAAUAGCUGAAAUUGCUAUAAGAGUUAUUAUAAAGUUAAAAAAAGAACAUUGUGUAGAUGAACACAUUCAGCCAUUAUUCUUUUAUCUUCUCCGCAAUAGUUCCACGUCGUGAUACUAUAUUAUUCAUGACAUCCAUGAAAAAAGCAACACACUUGGCUGAAAAAAGGCAUAGGCACUAAGCAAACACACAAGCACUGAAAACGCUGGGGAACAGUUGAGUGUUGGCAGGACGUAUGAAUGAUGCAUUGUACAGUAAGACUUGGAAUUACAAUGUACCAUCUGUGUUCAGAGUUUUAGUUUUCACCUCCUAUAUUGCGAGCCCACUAUAGAAUUUAAAUAACCAUUCAGUCAUGACACGUAAUCAGAGACCUUACUUCUGCCACAGAAAAAACACCAGUUGUUAGAGCUACUUUACAUAGAAAAAGUAACAAGUCAAGCACAUAUUUGUGUGACACUCUUAUUUAUAUAGAAGAGGAAGAAAUUGUUGUGAUUUUGGCGGAAAGGCCAGUGGGUUAGACUCUCACAAACUUUCCACCCCAAAUACUUCAUUUCGGAGCAUUCUCUAGAUGUUGUAGGUGCUAGAUGGGAAGCAGAAGAAGGUAAUUGAACAGUGUCAUUGUUCCUUAGUUUAUUAUUUUGUCUAUAAACAUGACAUUUUUUGCAAGUAUGCACUUUCCCUCUAGCUUCUAUCCUUGCACCUUUCACAUUUUUGCGAGUUCACCUCUACACUGUAACAGCUUCAAUGGGCAAAGAAAUUUAAGGUGGAAUCGGGAACAAGACAUGGUGUGGCAGCUGAAGAGGUUUCUGUAAAUAAUUAUUAAGUAUGACAUCAUUAUCAGGUGUUUGUUUUCACCUGAUAAUGAUGAUUAAAAAAACCUCCAAAGUGCUUAAAAGUGAAGCACAAUUUCAUUCUGGGAGUACAUAAAAAAAAAAGCUUUUCAGGGUCAGCAGUGUAGUUUAGAUUUUGUAUGCUAACCACAUUAGUAUAUCCCAUUUCACAUAACCAUGUUCUACAUUACGAGCCAUGCAAGAAUUCUGUCUCAGGGGAAACUGACCUUCGAUCUGUAAAUAUUGCUUCCAAGCCUUUAGUUUGUUGUCUCUUGUGUGUACAUAAAGCGGUCAAGGCAAUCCAACACUUGCGAUGUAAAAAUAUGGAGCAUACAGUCCAGGCUUUGGUUUAAUACAAUGGAUAAAAUGAGUUCAAGUGGAGAAAAUAAAGUGUUUACACCAGGGAAGUUCUGACAUGGAGUUAUGGUGUAAAUUAAUCCUCCCUUGUUGUCUUCAGGCCAACACUUCAAGCUAAACUUUGAUGUGAAGCAUACACCUGCUGUAGUCUGUAUUUAAUUCUGCAGCUCCCCAAGUUAAUGAGUGACAAAAUGUGGUUUAGGACUCUAGGAGUCUCAUUUAACAUAGGUUUAAUGGACCUUUUCAACCACGUGUUUAUGUUUGAGGGUAUACAAAGACUAGAAGGGCAAACUGCGAGCAAAGAAACUGAUAUGUUAUCUCCAUUAUACUCCAUUAUACUUGGACCUGCAGUGUUCAUGACAUGCCUGUAUUUUCAGGCAAAUUAUUUUUGCUUAUCAGAUUUAGCAAAGCUGAUUCUAAUUUAUGGGGGUCCAUUAACGACAAAGCUAUUGUGCGACCACCAAGACAUUGACAGUUGAGCACAUAGGAGGUAUUUUGUGUUAUAUACAAGUGAGCAGGGCUCUGGCCAUACUUACAGAAAUACUGAGUUUAAUUUUAAAGAACGUGUAAAAAUCCCCCAUAUUCAUCUACAGCUUUAUUGUUACCUUGUUUUGUAAUAGUUUUAUUCAUUUCAAACACUUAUAUGUGACAGAUGUUCCUAGAUGCUUGUCCAAAAGCUCUUUGAUUUAUAUAGCUUUCUAUCUUUCGCCAGGAAUAAAAUUCUAAUUUGGAAAAUUACUUUUCCCAUUUGAAUAUUUAAUGCUCUUUCUUGGCCUGAAAAUAGGCAAAUUUAAAAGAACCAUGUCUCAAAAAAAAUUGGUAUCUGCCUCUAAUCCAAUCGUGCGUUACAAUACCCAUACUACCAUACUAUUAAGUAUGCCAGAAAGAAGAAGAAAAAAUAUUUAGUGUGUCCUAAUACAUAUUUGUCAAGUGCAGUAUGCCAAAAAAAAGGUUUCAAAGUUCAAGGUGGAAUGUUAUGACUAAGUAGUAUAUCUCAAUUAAAGGAAACUGCAAGGGUAGUUUGUAACAUCUUCUUACCCCAUGUCUUCGCACAUUACCACCACCCUGUUGAUAGGUGUGAUGAUUUGAAACAGCCGGCGGGUCUCACUUCAAGCACACUAAAGGCAAACAAAAUAUGGCACACAUUUAAAAGUAUUGCUCCAUAGCUCUACUAGUGGUGAAAAACUCCACAUGGUUUAAUUUCAAUGUAUAUUACCAAAGCACCAUAUAUUUUGUUUUCUGGUUCUUUUACUAUAAUGACACGA